UCUCGGUUACGGCAUCGGUUAUCAUCUGAAAGCUCCUUUGUGGUUCCGGUUUUAACCGAUUCCACUGGUUAGGAUCGCUUUGGGCCUCACUGCGUCGCAAGCUGCUGGUCAAAAGGAUAAUACCCCGCAGAGGACACAAGAAACGGGGACAAGGACAUUGAUGUGGGAAUGGAAAGUGGCUGCCAUAAAAGGGAAACACAUUCCCAUUCGCAUUCGCAUUCGCAUUCGCAUUCGCAUACACAGACGGCAACAAACCGCAAAAUAACCAAAGACAUUUCUACAUCCGACACCAUCCCAUUCCACACUACCUUCAACUUUCCAUCGCGUUACCCACACAGCUGGAUUUCCUUUUGUUACAUUUGGCUCUCACUCUGUGUUUUCAUUCUUUCAGCUCGUGGACAUAUGUAAAUAUGAGUGCAGCAGAGCAAUCAUAACAAAAAUGCUGCACACUCAAAUUAUCCCUAAAUAAUUUAGAUCUGUGCGGGCGAGCAACGCGCAAAAGGAGGCGCUUGGAGGCGGGGGAGGACCCAACAUGAAAGCGGAAGCGGAAGUGCUUACCUCUACACACACACAUGCCCAUGGGAGUGCGGGCUUCUGGAGGUUGAAAUCCAGCACCUGGAGAAAAACAGCACAGUAUUUGUUAACUAAAUGCAUUGAUUGUAUAAGAUGAGGGAAAACCCAUUGGACUUCGAACGUAACUCUUAUUCUGCACCGAUCGCUCCAGACAGUUGAAAUUACGGGCAUUUCCGGAAGCUUUGGCAAAUAAUUAAGACUCCGUUUUAGACGGGAGCUACCAUAUAUUAUCCGUGGCGAUUUCGUGCCGGCACAUCAAUCAAAGUAAAUGUUUAUAAAUUUCCACACACACAUCCUGGCGUCACAACGAAGGACACGGGGGCACCGAAUGCAUUCCGCUCACGGCAAUGGGGAAAGUGUCAAGUUAAUGCCAGCAGCAAUGGCAACAACAACAACAACAACAACUACCAGGACAAACCACCCACCACCCCCCAGCCCCCAACUUUUUCUACCCCUUCACCUAAUGACUGCGUUGACGGCGUCAUUUGCCUGGCGAAAAGUUUUGUGACCUCAAUUGUGCAAGGAGAACGCAAAAGGAAGUGUUCAGCGCCACGCACAAAAUGCAAACACGCACAGCGGAAUAACAUCGGAGCGAGAUGGGGCGACAGCGGACGAAAGAGACAGAUACAGGGGGAGGGUUCAAAGGGCACGAGACAAGAUGCUUGGUUAGCUGUGGAUCCCAAAGUGGAACGGAAUACAUCGCAAACCCAGACGACACAUCUCACACACUUUCCCUCCGAUUCGGAACUAGAUAUUCCAAACCAGGCUGAAUGCCGAGCCACAUUGACUAGCAUCGGGUAGCAGAAGUAGCAGAAGGAUGAGCAGCGACAGGAGGCAAAUCGGUCCAAAUGGGUCUGUGGAGUGCAUCAAUAGAAGUAGCAGGAACAUACAGAUGGCACGGUGUCCCGAUCUGGCUAGCACUCCGGAGCAUUUGCGACCGGGAUUUCGUGGUCGGACACACCGAUACGAUCCAAGUGACUUCGGGCUGACGACCAACGAGGAAUGGCGCCAUCCACGGAUGUUCCGCGACAUGACCUAUGAAACGGAUGCGGCAGCCAUGGAAACCUUUCGCCAGGCUCAGCCACGUCGUCAGCCGUAUGACACGAGAAUCAACCUGAGCAAUUUGCCGGAUGAGUGCCUGGCGGACAUGUCCGCACCGGGAUUCGAUCUAAGCAUGCCGUCACAGAUGUCCGAUUUACGGGGAGAGUUUCUGGCCGAUGUCUCCGCUCCGAGUAUGUGCGAUGAUUCCAAGACCAUGCCCACCAAUGGGACACUGAGCCACGCGGACGAUGUGUAUGGUGAGAUUCUGGAUCGCUUUAGGAGUAUUAGAGAGCAAAUAAAUCGGCCGAAUCAACUCCGCCAACAGACAACGCGACGCAGGACAUACACCCAUCGCGAUCCAAGUGGCCACAUCACCAGCCACAUUGACGAGACGACUGUUUCGAAUACCUCAUCGCUGGAUUGCACCCCCAAUGGUUUAGGCGCAGAACCGGGACGUCGUCUCAACUUCUCGUUGGCCAACCGAUCUGAGAACCUGAUGGAUGAGUCAAUGCCCUCCUAUCACGAGGCAUCGCUGCCAAAUGAAUGCCUGGACAUUUUGGAUAACGAGACAAUGCCCGCUUUUGAAACACUCGGUACGAAUUCGUAUCGUUCAUGUUUGGAGAACGAGACCAUGCCGUAUAUGUCGUAUAUCUCGGAGGGAUCACGAAGACAGCAGACGAUGCCAAGCGAAUGCCUUGAGGAUGUGAGCCAGCCUUCAUUCGAACGGAGUAGAUCUCGAAGACUUAGUCCCAGAAGGCAGCGUCUGGUAUCGAUGCCCUCACAGAAUCUGUGCGACAUAUCGGCGCCCUCGUUUGCCAACUCGACCAAGGUUCGAACCACCAAUGAAUGCCUGGAGGACAUAUCAAUGCCGUCAUUUCAGGGGGUCUCGCAAGUUUCCAGGAGCCGAAGUCGCAGUCGAAGUCGAAGUCCCAGGCAAACGCAGAGAUCCAGGCACACGCGAAACAUAAGCGAUAUCUCGGCUCCAACAUUCGCUAGUUCGCGACGAGGUCAAACCACUACCAAUGAAUGCUUGGAUGACAUGACCAUGCCAUCGCUAGGAAGAAUAUCACGCCUGUCAUCACACACAAGUCACCGCCAACCGAGAAGAUCGAUGUCAAUGCAAAACAUUAACGACAUCUCUGAACCCAUAUAUGUUAGCUUCAAAAGAGAUCCCAUGACCAAUGAAUGUCUGGAGGAAAUUGUCAUGCCACCGCAGGCUUACAGUGAAAGGACAUCGAGAAGACAACGUAACAGCGAGUGUCUGGAUGACAUGACCAUGCCUUCCUUUGGUGGAGUCUCCAGUGCCACCAGAAGGCAAAUGUCGCUGCCCAGUGAGUGCCUUAAUGACGUCAGUGAACCCUCCUUUGGCAGAAGAAGUGGUUCUCGAGGAUCAAGUCGACAGCAGAAUAUUUGCGACACAUCAGCCCCUUCGUUUCUGAGCUCCACCAAAUAUGGAGGUACAAGUGAGUGCUUGGAGGACAUAUCGAUGCCAUCGUUCGCAGGAACACCGGGAGCAUCGAGGAGAAAGAGUGCCAGGCGAAGGCAGAUGACAAUGCCUUCUCAAAAUAUUGGCGACAUAUCGGCACCGUCAUUUGCAAGUUCGGGACGAGGCAAUACGACCAACGAAUGCUUGGAGGACAUAUCGAUGCCCUCGUUUGGCGGAGUGUCGUCUGCUUCCAGAGGCAGAAGUCCAAAGCGCCAACAGAGAUCACUGUGUGAUCCAAGUUCAAGAGGUCGUUUGAUGACCAACGAGUGUUUAGACGACAUGACCAUGCCCUCCCUUUGUGGAACAUCUUCUUCAUCACGAAGGCGUAUGGACCUGCCGAGCGAGUGUCUGAACGAUGUAAGUGCUCCGCCGUCUUUUGGAAGGAGCAUUUCGCGGGCAUCCAGUAGAAGACAAAGAACGUUGCCAUCCCAGAACCCAUGUGCCAGCUCUACCAGAUGUCCGCAGACGAACGAGUGCUUGGAGGACAUUUCGAUGCCAUCAUUCGGUGGUGUUUCGGUGACCUCCACACGCCGACAGUUGACCAUGCCCAGCGAGUGUUUGGAGGACAUGACUGCACCGUCCUUUGGAGUUAAUUCUGAUGCAUCCAGGAGACAAAUCACUGGUUUGCCCAACGAGUGCCUGGACAACGUAAGCAUGCCCACCUUUGGCGACAUUUCGGCAGUUUCCCGGAGAGGUGAGUGCUUGGAAGACGUGAGUAGACCUGCCCAGGGAAGAAGUAAAUCGGUUGGACGGAGUCCCCGAAAUAGGAAGAACCUAAGCAAAAGUCAAGUCUCCAAUAAAUGUCUAGAGGAUGUGACAAUGCCUUCGUUUGGUGGAAUAUCAGGUUCUUCGCGGAGGAAAAGUACCUCACGACGUCAAAAAGCAUCCGUGCCAUCCGUCAUGAGGACUAAUGAAUGCCUAGAGGAUGUAUCUAUGCCCUCGUAUGGAGGAGUAUCUGGCGUAUCCAGAUCGAAGAGUGCACGACAAAGAACGAUGCCGUCCAGACAUAUUCAAGACAUUUCCGCACCCACAUUUGCCAGCUCUGGCCGAGGAUACACUACAAACGAAUGCUUGGAUGAUCAGACAAUGCCAUCGUUUGGAGUUGUCUCGCAAUCUCCGAGUGGAAGGUCUUCCCGCAGAAAGGCUCAAAGUAUCAGAUCUGGUCGUGGAUUUGAUACCAAUGAAUGCAUUGAGGACAUUUCGAUGCCUUCGUGUGCGGAAAAUACGCAGAGCUUUAGGGCAAAAAGCUCGACGUCAGUGCAAAGGUCAAGACAUGGAGCGAUGACCAAUGAAUGUCUGGCGGACGUGACAAUGCCCUCGUUCGGCACUUCAAGUCGUAGUCCAGCUACAAAUGAGUGUCUUGAGGACAUCUCCAUGCCUCAAUACGACGAACAUACAGGAUCGUCCAGAGGAAGGUGUCCCACACCCAUGCAAAGCUCAAGACGAAUAGUGCUGAGCAACGAGUGCUUAGAUGACAUGACCAUGCCAUCGUUUGGCAGUUCUAGACGUGGACUUGUAACUAAUGAAUGUCUUGAGGACAUUUCAAUGCCUUCCUAUGUUGGAAAUUCAAGACUGUCCAGAGUUAAGAGUCUUACGCCAUUGCAAAGAUCCCAACAGAUGAGCGCGGAAUGCUUGGAUGAUGUGACAAUGCCCUCGUUUGGCACUUCAAGUCGUAGUCCAGCUACAAAUGAGUGUCUUGAGGACAUUUCAAUGCCUUCUUUUGGCGAAAGCAGAGGAUCGUCCAGAAGAAGAUGCCCCACACCCAAGCAAAUGUCUAGGCAACACAUGAUGACCAAUGAAUGCUUGGAUGACAUGACCAUGCCUUCGUUUGGUACUUCUGUUGCCGAAAAUACAGGAUCGUCCAGAAGAAGAUGCCCCACACCUAUGCAAUUGUCUAGGCAAGGAUUGAUGACCAAUGAAUGUUUGGAUGACAUGACCAUGCCAUCGUUUGGUGCUUCUGUUGGCGAAAAUACAGGAUCUUCCCGAAGAAGAUGUCCCACACCUACGCAUGUAUCUAGGCAAGGAAUGAUGACCAAUGAAUGUUUGGAUGACAUGACCAUGCCAUCGUUUGGUACUUCUGUUGCCGAAAAUACAGGAUCGUCCAGAAGAAGAUGCCCCACACCAAUGAUGACCAAUGAAUGUUUGGAUGACAUGACCAUGCCAUCGUUUGGUGCUUCUGUUGGCGAAAAUACAGGAUCGUCCCGAAGAAGAUGCCCCACACCCAUGCAAGGCAUGAUGACCAAUGAAUGCUUGGAUGACAUGACCAUGCCAUCUUUUGGAACUGCUCCUGAUGAAUGUCUUGGGGACAUUUCAAUGCCUUCGUUUAGGAGAAAUACCGAAAGAAGCCUCACACCCAGACAAAGACCCAAACAGGAAAUGAUGACCGAUGAAUGCUUGAAUGAUAUGACCAUGCCAUCAUAUGGGGAGGUAUUUGCUUCACCCAGAAGGCAAAUUGUGAUGCCAAGUGAGUGCCUGAACGACGUGAGUGCACCGUCCUUCGUAAGCGGCACAUCCGAGGGAACGAGUCGAAGACAAAGGAUCUUGAUGUCUCAAAAUAAUACUGACUGCGUUGGCUGGCCAGCGUCACGGGGUAGAAGUCCCAGGCUGGCGCAAAUGUCGAUGACGAAUGAGUGCCUGGAGGACAUGACAAUGCCCACGUUGGGCGGCGUCUCUGGGUCAUCACGACGCGGCCAAAGUGCCAUGGACAGCGUUCGCCUGGAGGACAUAAGCAUGCCCUCGGGCCUAUCGCAUCGAAGUCAGUACGGCGAGUGUGUGGAGGAUAAUGGGAGUGGAGUUGGUGGUCGUAGCCACCGACUCUUGACGCCUCUGACCACCAACGAAUGCCUCGAGGAUGUGAGUGCGCCUAGUUUUGCUGCGAGCAGUCGAACGGCCAGUAGACACUUGCCUCAGUUUACAAACGAGUGCUUGGAGGAUGUUUCCAUGCCGCUCAAUGAUUCAUUAUCGCGAAACGUUUCUAAAUCAAUAGCUCGACGUCCGCCGGACAUUUCCUAUCCGUCCGAGAUGUUGGCCAACGAAAGUGCUCCCGCCUAUCAGUCGACCAACUGUUCGUGCUCAUCUCCAUCGCCAUUGCAGCAACAGCAGCAGAGCUCCAGAAGUGCACCCUGGGAGAAGGGCAAUGCCAGUUGUCUGGAGGAUGAAACAAUGCCCACCUUUGAGGACGUUUCGUAUCAACCGCGUCGCCAUCAGCUGACCAUGCCCAGCGAGAACCUGGCGGACAUCACAGAGCCCUCCUUCUCCAGAUCUCGUUCCAAAGUGGGGGACACUAGUCAGCCGGGCCUCUUUCACUCCACCGGAUUGCCGAGUUCUACGCGAACGGAAAGCCAUAAGGGCAAGUCGAAGCGACAGGAGCACAAACGAGAUGCGGGCAAACAACUGGCCGACGAGAGUGCUCCGUCCAUACUGAAAGACACUGCCAAGGGACCUUCGGAAGUGGUCAAGGAGGUGACGGUUCAGAGCUCCACAACUUCGGUGACGCGUGUGUUUAACAAGCCACCCGAUGGUGGCAAUAACUCUGGCCAGCCCAUGAUCGAGGACCUUUCGAUGCCGCCAUUCGAGACCAUCACGGACCCCAGUGCCCAUGAAUCCCGCCAUCAGGAUACCUCCCUGCACGGCUUUAGGUCCAUGGACAACUAUAGGCCAUUCGAUGAACUCAUAUUUAGCCAGGAUUCGAGCAACCUGCUUGCCAAAACGUGACCACAACAGUUUAAACAUUCCAAGGUUCUGAAACUUUGUUUUGCUAGUACAAAAACUACAUUUACAAAAACAUGUAUCUUUGCUUUUUGAGCAAAGAAAAAAACUACUGAAAGAGUGGUUUGAGCAUUGGUAUUGAUAACUGCUUGAUUGCUGGAUUGACUCAAGCGUAUUUCGACGAAAUUAAAGCCGGAAAAUAACUAAGGCCGUGAGGUUAGCGGCAAGUUGUGUUCAGAUUUCAUCGUUGAGUGCCUGAACGUGUCCACUUUAAAUGCCAAAUUAAACCAAAUAAGCGCCGAUUUGGCCAGGGCCCUGAAUUUCGCAUGGCGUUGGUGGAGGAGCAACAGACGUCUGACCGGAAAAGCGAGAAAAGCGGGAAAAGCCGGCUAAGAAAACUGACGGGGAGAUGGAUGGAUGUGUGAGGGACAUCAACUAAUUGAAAUUGCGCGCCAAUUUUGUGGCUAAGCCAGAGUCGGAGUCACAGUCGGUUGGAACUGGGUGUAAGGCAGUGUUGGCCAAGUGUCAUGCGCAGAGAUACGAUGGUUGGGAACACCGUGUUCGGGCCAAGAACCGAAAAGCGUUCGUGCGUUGUCGUUGGUCGGGAAGCACAACAAAUUGGAACUACUGGGGAUGUGCGUGUGUGAAUUCAGUCGUCGCGUCGCAUCGCAUCGCGUCUCGUCUCGUUUGGCCAAAAAAUAUCGGCUAAGCGAAGUGCAGUGCAGUUAACGUCGGUAUCUGCAGGGUCUCGCAUCGUCGGCGGCGCGUUAGUUGUCGAGCAGCGGUCCAACGGUGCGUAUGCGUAUUUCGUACGGUCCACGGUGCGUAUGCUCAACGUUCAGCGCGUUGUUUGACCCACAGCGCUGAGCUGUCUACUCCGUUUCCGUUACCGAAAUUCUGAUUCGAGAAUCGCGUGGUGUGUCGUGUUUUUGCGUCUUCCUCUCGUUUGUUGUGAGUCUUCUUCGCGCGAUUAUUUUUCUGGCUAAAUCCGCGUUUUUUUUUUUUUUGUUGUUUGUUCUGGGUUCGAAUUGUACGGCAUGAAAUCAGCAAAAUCCAGCAAGGCAAGACCCUAGUGAGAGUGUGCUAGUGAGAUACCCGAGAGUGUGUGUGCGAUGUCGGUGUUCGGUUACCAUUGAUGAAUGGCAAACAAAUUUAAUCAGCCAAUGGCCGGUGAAUAAUAAAGCCAAGCAACAAAGAGAGAGAGAGAGAAAGAAGAAAAACAAACCGCUUCAAGC